AUGUAUUGCAUUUCACAAGCAGAUUACUUCGGUGGCAGAGCCGGCAAGACCAGAGCGUCUGGAACAGUUCAUAAUAGAGGACCGAUAAUUUUGAGGUCAAAAAAGGAGGAUGGACAACGUCUGGACCAUGGCGAUCGGCUCCAGUUCUAUCUCUGUGAACAGACUAGACACUGGGAACUUUCAAGUAUGCUGGAGGCUUGCACGCUUGUUCAGCCCGAGGAAUGCCGUUUGGCUGGAACUGAACAGUUGUGUCAGGCUGCGAAGGUUGAACACGAGAGUCAACUCAUUGUACCAGUCUCUGAGAUUUGUGCUGGCUGA